UGAAUCCUUUCUAUCUUCUCUAAUUAGACGAUAUCUUUUUUCUUUGGAAUAUUCGAAAAUGUAGGCGAAAAAAAGUUUAAGUGCACGCACGCGUAGAUGAUGAUUUACUUAUGCUGUUGAUCAGCAUUAGUGAAGAAAAAUAAGGAGGAGGGAGCUUGUUAUGUCAAGGAUGUCCGAUAUAAGAACGCGGGUUUACAAAACAGACGCUUAGUUGUUUAAAUCAAGUUUUCCUGAAGUUUCACUCGUGAAAGUGUGAAUGCUUAAAAAGUUGGAUUAUAAAUUAUAUUAUAGGAUGUAUUAUUUAUAGAAUAAUUAUAUAUUAUCUUAAAAAUAAGUGAAAUCUUUAAAUAUAUAUGGAUUUAUGGUUUUCAAUUGAUACUUUUACACACACUGUCAAAAAUAUUAAAUAAACAACAAAAACGUAAAAUUUCUAAAAGUUUUAUCUGCUUAAUUCUUAGUUCAUACUUUCUAUAAACAUUAAGGUUCAUUAAAUUUCAAAAAGUUUUUGUAUGAAUUUCAAAAAGCUUUUGCGUUUUAUAUGAAUGCAUAUAAUGAUACGUAUUACAAUUUCAUUUAUAUGAUAUACAUGCAUAUGCAUAAAUUAAAUAUAACAUGUAUAAAUGUAUGAAUGAUUGGGAACCUUGCAUUAUACAGCACGACAGUGGAUCUGAAAGCGCACCUUUAUUUUCUUCAGGAUCUCACACUAGUAUAGAGCCUAUUAUAUUUCAAAACUCUGAGACUAGUGAUUUAGACAGUACUUCUAUGAAUAGUUAUUUCAAGUAUGGUAGUUUAGGAAGUUGUAGUCAACAUUCUAAUGUUAUUCAAGUACCAAAGAGACCACCACCCCUUGCUGAUGAUCAUACUUUAGUUACACCUUUAAUAUUAAAUACCUCUUCCUUCUUAAAUGUAACACAAGACAGAUGUUAUGAAAUCCAUAAUACUGAUCUGGAAACUGUAGAAACUGUGGAAACAUGCAAGGAUGUUAAAUCAAAACAAAGCUCUCUAGUCACAAUCUUUUCAGUAUGGAACACAAUAUUAGGCUCCUCUUUAUUAACAAUACCAUGGGGUAUUCAAAUGGCUGGUUUCUUCCCUGGUAUUAUUUUAAUACUUGUAAUGAGUGGUUUGUGUCUAUAUACUGCUUAUUGUCUUCUACUUGUACAUAAAUAUUAUGGUGGACAAAAGGGUAUUGAGGUAAUUCAGUUAUGUCGGAUAUAUCUUAACAAAUGGGUAGAAUAUAUUGCCAAAACUUUUAGUAUAGCAGUUUUGCUAGGUGCAACAAUAGCUUAUUGGAUCCUAAUGUCUAAUUUCUUAUAUAAUUCUGUAAAUUUCAUAUAUGAUAGUAUAGUAUCUCAAUAUUCUGCAAAUGAUAAUACUUCAUAUGCAUCAGAAGUGCUAUGUCCAAAAAGAAUAAUCUAUAAUAGCACAAAUUUAGUGAUUCAUGAUUAUACGUACAAUACUUUAGGACCAUUUUGGGAUUUAUAUAAAACAGUUCCUAUUUUUCUUGGUUUAUUAAUAUUUCCAUUUUUGAAUUUUAAUAGUCCAACUUUCUUUACAAAAUUUAAUUCACUUGGAACUAUGUCAGUCAUAUAUUUAAUUAUCUUUGUUUUGAUUAAAUCAUACUCAUGGGGUAUUAAUAUGAAUGAAAUAGAAUGGACCACAAGUUGGACAUUGAAAUUAUCAUUUCCUGCACUUUCUGGAAUGUUGGCAUUAUCAUUUUUCAUUCACAACAUUAUAAUUACUAUAAUGCAGAAUAAUCAUGAUCAAAGCAAAAAUGGAAGAGACCUUUCAAUAGCUUAUCUUCUGGUUACUUCAACUUAUAUUAUAGUAGGUGUAGUAUUUUAUAUUUGUUUUCCAUUGAGCAAGUUAUGCAUAGAAGAUAAUUUAUUGAAUAAUUUUCAAAAAUGGAAUGGCUUAACAGUAGGUGUUCGAAUUGUUCUUCUGUUUCAAUUAUUAACUGUUUAUCCAUUACUUGCAUAUAUGCUACGUGUUCAAUUACUUCUAUCAAUAUGUAAAACAUUUAAUACAAGCUAUGUUAUUUUAAUCAAUGUUGUUUUAGUAUCUAUAUGCAUUUUGUUCGCAGUGUUUAUACCAUAUAUUGGUACAAUAAUACGAUAUACAGGUGCCUUGAGUGGUUUUAUUUAUAUUUUUACUUUACCAAAUUUAUUAUAUCUGGCAAUUUUGAAACAACAAAAAAGAUUGACGAUAUUUUCUACGUUAUUGCAUAUAAGUAUUCCAAUAUUUGGAUUUUUGAAUUUAGUAGCACAAUUUUUCAUUACGCAAUAUUAAAAGCCAAAUUUAAAUUUUAUAAAUAUUAUAAU